UAACUCCACGUCGCGUUGCCGCUUUCUCGAUUUCGACGCCUUUGGAGUUCGAAACGCGUGUAUCGCGUCUGUGUUCACGUACACGUUCUAUCGUUUGCGAAUUGUCGUCUUCGUCUUCGCAUUUACCUUCGUUGUUGCCUCGUGGGUUUACGAGAAUUCGACCAAAGUCAAGGCCACAGCCAAGGCCAAGGCUAAAUCGAUUAGCAUCGAGCAGAGACGAAAAAAAAGGAGAAAGGGGGCGAUUUUCGUACCGUGGAUGUCCGAAGAGAACCCAGAGAUGCGAGAAAUGGCAGCUCGUAUAUGUCGCGAUUACCUUCACGGAGUUUGGAAACACGUCACCGCGGAAAAUAUCAUGCUGAAGCGGAUCAGCGGCGGAUUGAGCAACUGGCUGUACAACGUACAACUGCCGGAUGGAACAGCGCCGAUGAGAGGUGAACCUCGCCAGGUUCUGUUACGAUUAUACGGGCAAAUACACGGAGAAAGAGCUUUGGAAGGACUGAUUACCGAGUCUGUUAUCUUCACCUUGCUGUCGGAAAGGAGGCUUGGGCCCAAAUUGCACGGCAUAUUCCCCGGCGGUCGAAUAGAAGAAUAUAUACCCGCAAGACCAUUGCUCACCAGCGAAUUGGCGGACCCGACGUUGAGCUCGAUGAUCGCUGAGAAGAUGGCUCAAAUUCACAGGAUGCAAGUACCCAUAAGCAAGGAACCAACUUGGCUAUGGGAUACCAUGACCAAGUGGCUGGACACGGCCACGGAUAUUCUCGAGAACAUCGAAGAUAUCGAUGCCCGGAACUUAAAAAAUGUCCACGUUAUACAGACGAUUGAUCUAGAUCGCGAGAUCGAGUGGUUCAGAUCGCUCGUGGCGCGACACAAGUAUCCGGUCGUAUUUUGUCACAACGAUAUGCAAGAGGGUAAUAUAUUGCUGCGACAGAACACCCGAAAACCGGAACUGGUGCUCAUCGACUUUGAAUACUGUUCGUACAAUUACCGGGGAUUCGACAUAGCUAACCAUUUCGUCGAAUGGCAGUACGAUUACACAGCGGCCGAAUAUCCAUUCUUCCACGAACGCCCGGGUUCCGGUCCAACGAAUGAACAAAAGCUCGACUUCGUAAGGAGCUACUUGAGGACAGUCGGGAAAGAAGGACCAUUGGAAGAGGAACGAAUCAUGAUGGAAAUCAAGAUAUUUUCUUUAGCGAGCCAUUUGUUCUGGGGUCUUUGGAGUAUCGUGAACGCCAAACUAUCGCAAAUACCUUUCGGAUAUUGGGAUUACGCGGUUUCAAGAUUUAAGAAUUACCAGUAUUUAAAGGAAAAGAUGACCGUGUCCGGAUCUAUGACGAACAACGACGAUACCGAAAAAAAGAUAACGGUGGUGGAUUGAGAAGGACAAGUGCGCGAUCCCGUUAUGAAAUCGUAGAAUGCCCCUUCUGCGACACGAAGACAAUUUCAAAUUUGCCUGUCGUUACUCGUGCCAGAUGUCUCAUGCGCUUGUAACUAACUUCCCUGAAAGGGGUACAAAAUGCGAGAUGACGUCUAAUUAACCGUAUCAUUCCUUUAUCAAAACUGACGCAUAUCGAGAAGAAAGAGAAGAAGACGAAAUAGGAAAACGUGUAGAAGAGGUUGAAUGGAUUAUUGCUACGCUAGUGGCAUGCAAAAGAACAGAAGAUAGAUGAAAGAGGAAUGAAAGACACGGCUGCGUUAGACAGAGAGGACGAAGACACGAGACGGCAGGACAAAAGAGGAAGUACAAAGGAGAGCAAAAGAGGCGAACAAUGAGAGAUAAGAUGAACCAGAUGGAUAGAGGAAUGCCUUUCGUCUUUACGACAAAGCUGUCCGAAAAAGUAAUCCACCCGAGUUUCGAGACAGUUUUGACAGAUCGACAGAUUAACUCGUUUCGUUUCUAACGAAAAUAUUUCAUCUUCUUUUAGCUUUUUAUAGCACGAUAGCAAGUGCCUUGCCUCCGUAAUUGCGAGGAGCUAUGAGAGUGAAUACGAGUAGACGACGAAGACUCGCGCCCUGUGGACAGCUUUGCCUUACACAAAUCAUAAAUGUGAUCUAGAGGAUAAGAAACGUGUGUCCGACAGUCGAAAUUGUCUCGACACCGUGGAUCGUCGAUUCUUCAGGGAAAAGCUGCUUCAUUUGCAAUUUAGAUUACCGAUUAGUUUUGACCCGAGUUUAGUUUUGGGAGUUGAAAACAUCGGUUAUUUCUACCGUUUACAAUUAAACUUAGAACGUACUUACGUUGUACAUAUAUUCAUACGUCGUACACGCAUGACGCACAUACAUACGUGUAUACAUUCAUGCCAUAAAUGUAUAUGUAUAUGCAUAUGUGGGAAAGUAGUAAAGUUUAAAGUUAAUUAACGGUAACAGUAUAAAGUGCAGGUGUCCCUGAGCGUACGACAUGUACGUAUAUAUGUAGAUAUUGAGUCAAAUGUCUCUGUUCGUCAAGUAUCUUAUUACUUUUCUUGUACCUGAAUCGUAUUUUAACAAUUAUAUUCGUGGUUGAAAUAGAACAUUUUUUACGCUCGACGUUAAACCCAAAUUGUUAAAUGGUAUUUAUGUACUUAUGUAUUAAGCGUUACGCCUUACACAUUGCCGCAUAUACAAUAUACAUAUACAUGUAGUUAAGUACGUAUACAUAUAUUUGAUUGCGUUUCGUUUAUGUUAUUUUUCCACCUAAACUGAAAUUCUUGUUCAUGGAAAUGAUGCCGAACGCAAGUCGAAUCGCGUUGAUUCGACCUAUUCGGGAUCACCGGUAUGUACUCUACGUUUUUUAUACGUAUGUAUAUUGCAUACUCGAGUACUUACACGUAUAGUUGUUACAUGUUUGCGUUGUCUAUUUUAUUUAGAUCUCGGAAAAUUGUGAUCGUGCAUUUUUCAUUAACGCGACAUGCUUUUUUGUUAAAAGAAAAAUGAUAUUUUAAUAAAGUUGAAACAAAUCUUUUAA